CUUUAAGCUGGAUAUUUACCUCACUCGAUGAUACCCUCGAUGAUACUCUCAAUGAUAACCUCAAUGAUAACCUCAAUGAUAACCUCAAUGAUGUUAUGCUACAAAUAAGGAAAUACAAAAAAAACGAGCGAAUUCAAAAAGGACGAGCCUAUGAAUGA